CAAGCACAGACACUGACCGAUUAAAGACUGUUACUCAUUAUUCUUCAAAAUUUCGAGUCACAAAGGAGGUUUUCAACAAUAUAUGGACAUGCCCGUUUUGGACGUUGGGGUUGGAAGAGCAGAAGGAGACAGAGUUCAAGAACCAUUUGAGGGCAUGACAUUUGAGUCUGAAUCGGCAGGAAGAGCAUUCUAUGUGGAGUAUGCUAGGCGGGUUGGAUUUGCAACUCGUGUAUUAUCUUCUCGUAGGUCUCAAUAUGAAAAUUGUGUUGUAUCACGUGCACUCGGAUGUAGAGGAGUUCUGCACACUGUAAAGGAUGCAAGCAUGAAGCAAGAUUAUAGACGGCGUGAAGGUUGUGAAGCGAUGUUACUCAUUCAGAGAGAGAAAAAUGGGACCAUGUGGGUGGUGAGGAAGUUUGUGAGGGGCCAUAGUCAUCCCUUGACAACAGAUUCACCCCUCAAUGGCCAUUUAUCUUCAGAUGAGAAAGAUAAGAGAAUUCAAGAACUUACAGCAGAACUUAGCAUCAAGAAACGACUUACUAUGGCCUACAAGGAACGGCUCCUUAGCAUUAUAAAAGACGUUGAUAACUAUACCAAACAUCUUUCUUCCAAUGUUGAAACCGUUUGUGGCAAUCCUAGAUUCCUUGUAGCUACAAGGUUUGACUUUCUAACUUUCAAGAACACUUCUUCAUAAGAGGCGGGGCCUACACUUCAUUCUCUUCAACCAAAGCCAAAUCUAUGAAGCAUGUUUGGUGGGAGAAGCUGACUGUGUGGCUUGAAGUCUUGAACUCAUAGCCAAACGGUGAGCCAGUCAUUCUGUGAUCAUUAGUGAUGGAUUCUUUGUAGUAACUAUACUAUAGUUAUUGCAUUAAAGGAAGGUCUGGAUUGUUUGCAAUCUUAAUGGGUUUCACCAUGAAGUGAUAUGGUCCAUGCAGUAACUAGAUUGUGUAGAUACACCUGAAGAUCUAUUCUACUUGGUCAUUGCACCAAGUUAAAUUAUUCAUUUUUGGCCAAAUGAUAAUUAAGAUGUUCCUUUUUUGGUCCCCGGCUUUCAUUUUUUCUUCUUCAG